AUGGCUUUGAAAAAAACACCUAAACUAUUCAAGAAAUUAUUUUUUCACUGGAAACUUUGGAAGUUUAGCAUUAUUGUGUUUGUCUUUCUGGUAUUUUUAUUUUUAUUACAAAGAGAAGUGGGUGUUCAAGAUUUUAAAGAUGAAGCAGGGAUUGAGCCAGUUGUUGGAAAGAAAAGUCAUGUAUUAGGUCUCAUGUUAAAUGCUAUGAACAAUAUCAAAGGUGCAAAGCCAAAAAUGCAGAUAAAAGCACCUGUUAGGCAAACUAAGAUUCCUGGAGAGAGACACUGUUUGCCAGGACACUAUACUGCAGUGGAACUAAAACCCUUUCUAGAUCGACCCCUUCAAGAUCCUAAUGGUCCUGGAGCCUCUGGUAAAGCAUUUAAGACCAUCAACUUAAAUUCAGAAGAACAGAAAGAAAAACAGCGUGGAGAAGAAAAACACUGUUUUAAUGCAUUUGCAAGUGAUCGGAUUUCUUUACACCGAGAUCUUGGACCAGACACUCGACCUCCUGAAUGUAUUGAACAAAAGUUUAAGCGUUGCCCGCCAUUGCCAACCACAAGUAUUAUAAUAGUUUUUCAUAAUGAAGCAUGGUCCACUCUGCUCAGAACUGUUCACAGCGUGAUGUACACAUCUCCUGCCAUACUGCUAAAGGAGAUUAUUUUGGUGGAUGAUGCCAGUGUAGAUGAAUACUUGCAUGAUAAACUAGAUGAAUAUGUGAAACAGUUUCAAAUAGUUAAAGUAGUCCGUCAAAAGGAAAGGAAAGGUCUCAUCACUGCACGGUUGUUGGGAGCUUCAGUAGCAACAGGAGAGACCCUUACCUUUCUGGAUGCUCAUUGUGAAUGCUUUUAUGGCUGGUUAGAGCCAUUAUUGGCAAGAAUAGCCGAGAACCCUGUUGCUGUUGUAAGCCCUGAUAUUGCUUCUAUAGAUCUCAAUACUUUUGAAUUCAGUAAACCAUCUUCUUAUUAUGGGCAUAGCCACAACAGAGGAAAUUUUGAUUGGAGUUUGUCAUUUGGAUGGGAGUCUAUUCCUAAACAUGAAAAUAAAAGAAGAAAAGAUGAAACCUAUCCAAUUAGAACACCUACUUUUGCUGGAGGUCUCUUUUCAAUAUCAAGAGACUACUUUGAACUCAUUGGAAGCUAUGAUGAAGAAAUGGAAAUAUGGGGAGGUGAAAAUAUAGAAAUGUCUUUCAGAGUAUGGCAAUGUGGUGGACAGUUGGAGAUCAUGCCUUGCUCUGUUGUUGGCCAUGUCUUUCGCAGCAAGAGUCCCCAUACUUUCCCAAAAGGUACUCAAGUGAUCACACGUAAUCAAGUCCGCCUUGCAGAAGUCUGGAUGGAUGAAUAUAAAGAAAUAUUUUACCGAAGAAACACAGAGGCAGCAAAAAUUGUGAAACAAAAAACAUUUGGAGACAUCUCAAAAAGACUUGAUUUAAGGCAGCGUCUGCAGUGUAAAAAUUUUACCUGGUAUCUCAGUAAUGUUUAUCCAGAAGCAUAUGUGCCAGACCUGAAUCCUUUGUUUUCUGGAUAUUUAAAAAACAUAGGUAACCGCAUGUGUCUGGAUGUUGGUGAAAAUAACCAUGGUGGCAAACCAUUGAUUAUGUAUUCUUGUCAUGGACUUGGAGGAAAUCAGUACUUUGAAUAUUCUGCACACCAUGAAAUUCGACAUAACAUUCAGAAGGAGCUUUGUCUGCAUGCUUCGAAAGGACCUGUGCAGCUUUGCGAAUGUAACUACAAAGGCCAGAAAACCUUUGCUGUUGGAGAAGAGCAAUGGCUGCAUCAAAAGGAUCAAACUCUCUACAAUGCAGCACUACAUAUGUGCCUUACAGGAAACGGAGAACAUCCGAGUUUGGCAUCCUGUAAUCCAUCAGACCCCUUCCAGAAGUGGAUCUUUGGCCAGAACAAUUAAGAUUUGAUACUUAUAGGCCAGGAGCAUUUUAUUAAAAGCAAAGACCCAUUCUGAACUGUGAUCAUAUAUGUGUACUGCAUUUUUAAGUGAUGCAUACUUUAAAUGCAAAAUGUUUAAACAGUUUCUUUUCCCUCUUAUUUAAGUUGGACAUAAAACGUGUCAUCAGAGAUUCCCUAGGAGUCUGUUAUACCAAAGAUGAUUGAGGUCCCAAUUAAGAAAAAUGUUUACAAUAUUUCUAUGGUAAGACUUUAUAUGUUGACCACUGAUUCAUGGAUCCUAUAGUCCUCUUUCA